UUCGCAGUUGUUGCUCGUUUCAUUUGGCUCGUGUAGUCGUCGUGAACGAUCGAUCUUAAAACGUGCUUACUUCUAUUAUUACUGAUAUACAAUAUAUAUUGCGUGGUUAUAAUUUGAUAAUAAAAUAAUUAAAUAAAUUACUCGAAGCUAAAUCACACAUUAUUGUAUAUUGUUUUCGGAAGUUUAGUGAAUAAUGGUGUCAAUAUGACAUCCUCAUUUAAAAAAUCUUACGGUACUCGCAAAGUUAGCACUUGCGUUGAUGAUUAUUACAAUCUUGUUCAUGUUAAAAAACCAAAUAUAUUAUUGAAGAAAAGCGAGGACAAUGCCAAAUUAAUUAAAUAUAUAGAUGACAAUAUUAUCGGCAAAAACAACACCUUCCUAGGACCUUUCGGACGUCGCAAAGUUGUAUUUAGCGAUUACGUGGCCUCGGGACGUUCCCUCCAUUUCAUCGAGGAAUAUAUUAUCCGUGAAGUCCUGCCGUGCUAUGGCAAUACCCAUUUUAACACUAAUAUUACAUCGCUACAAUCAACAUUAUUCCGACAGGAGGCUCGGGAAAUAAUAAAAACUGCUGUAAAUGCUUCCGAAGAUGAUGCUGUCAUAUUUGUGGGCCAAGGAUGUUCGGGUGCGGUUAAGAAACUUGUUAAAGCAUUGGAUUUCAAUGAACCGCCCAUAGUAUUUGUGGGAGCUAGCGAGCACCAAGACAACAUCCAGAUAUGGCAAGAUCUUAACGCAACCAUUAUUAGGAUAGCGGAAACCAAACAGAAUUUCUUAGAUUUAAAUGAUCUAGACGAUGAGCUAAAAUUAUACCAACAUUCUAAUAGGCAGCUCAUUGGUUGCUUCUCGGCUACAUCCAAUGUUACCGGUAUUUUGGUUGAUGAUAUUGCUGCAACAAUGUUGUUACAUCAGUAUGGUGCUUUGGCAUUUUGGGAUUAUAAUUUGGCAGCACCUUAUGUCCCAUUAAAUAUGAACCCUAAAGUACCUGGAGUUGCCGACGGUAAUGUCGUUUUCAAAGAUGCUAUCUAUUUUUCUGGUCACAAAUUUAUUGGUGGUGUCCAGACACCAGGUAUUCUUGUUGCUAAAAAGUCAUUGUUUCAUCACGUAACGCCUUGUGAAUCGGAUGGUUUUUUUACACUAUAUGAGCCAUGUAAGAGUUUUGAAUUGCAAGAAGAAGGUACUUCAGCUGCUAUCAUAGAAUCAGUACGAGCCGGUUUGGUUAUGCAAUUGAAAGAAACUGUAACCGUCAAUAAUAUCGGCUCUCGACAUGAAAAAAUUACAAAGCAAAUGCUGCAACAUAUAAGAACGAUUCCAGAAAUAAUACUAUUAGGAAACAGUUCACCCGGUCUGAAAAGAAUCCCGGUAUUUUCAUUUAUGGUGCGACAUCCAAGAGCUACAUUUCUUCACCACAAUUUUGUAUGCGCCGUCUUGAACGAUGUAUUUGGCAUACAAGCACGUGGCGGUUGUCUCUGCUCUGGGGCGUAUGCUCAAGAUCUUUUGAAUAUAGAUGACAAUCUAGCCAAUCAAUAUGAAAAUUUUAUAUUGGAGGACAGGAGAUUGAAGCGUUUAAACCUAUCCAAAGACAAUUCACCUUUGCAGCUACUGAGACCUGGUUUUGUAAGAAUAAGCCUGCCUUAUUUCAUUAGUGAAAAUGAGCUAGCUUUUAUAAUGGAGGCUAUAAAGAUGGUAGCAACGGAAGGAUGGAAAUUGCUACCGCAAUACGUCGUUGAUUUAAAUACUGGUGUGUGGCGACACCAUUCACACCACAUGGCAAAGGACAGAAAAUGGUUAAAUUCUAUCAGAUACAUUGAUGGUAAAAUGACAAUGAACGAGAGACGAAUAUCCGGUACUGGACAUUUUCCUCAGAAUUACUCGGAAUGUCUGCAAACUGCAAGAGAUUUAUUCAAUAAAGCUCGCAGAAUUGCAAUUCGUAAGCCAUUCUCCAAUGCACCUAUUGUGUAUGAUUCUCGUUCUGAAAAAUUACGUUGGUUUAUGCUGCAGCAUGAAGCUCAAGAUAUUUUAGUUGGGAAUUCACAAAAUAUCAAGCACACAGUCCCUUUCAAUCCUUUGGGCUUUUCUGGGUCCAGAAGAUUUCUUAAUAAUAAGACUAAUGUACAACCGCAGAUUGCCUCAAAUGCAAGUAGUCCACGGCACUACAGUUUGCCAUCCAUAGAUGAUCACAGAUUACUUUCGUGCUCUUCUCCAGUCCCCUACUUGAUACAAGAUAACUUAUAUUACACAACUCAGACGCCAGUGAACUUUUCUGUCGGUGAGGCAGUUGGGACUUCCCAAGUGCUUACUUCGCUUCCUCAGUCACCACUAUUUUUUCGAGACAGGUGUUAUAGUUUAGGAACACCAACGCUGGCCAAUACACAGAAUGUUCUAAGUCCGCAAACGCGACUUAACCUUGGACUUGGUGACAAUAACGCACGUAGAAGAAACUAUAGUUGUAGUAGUGCCAAUGAUUUUUUGUCUUUUGAAUCUGAAGCCAUGUCACCGACGCAUAGUUUGAAUAUAGUCGGCAGCUUUACGGAUGCUGAACGCGGUUCUCCUGCUGAUCUAGAAAGUUACGUAACAGAAAUAACCAAAGAGUUAGCAACAAAUAUUAAGUCAGAAAUACGAGAAGUAAUUAACAAAGUGGAAGAUGCUUUGGAAAAUACAGAUAAUUUUGAAAUAAGUUAUGACAGGCAACAGUCUAGUAACGAUCCAGAACGAAAUAGUAUCAAUACUGCGAACGAGAUAGCACAAUAUCUGGAAAAGGUUUCCAAAGAAAUGGCAAAUGAAGUUAAGUCUGAAAUUAGAGAUGUAGUUAGUGCAGUAGAUUUUUACUUUACGCCUGAGAAAAAAAUGUACUCCAGUAGUCCAACGCUAGAGUAUGAUUCCGAUAAGUUUCUUUUGGAAAUGUCAUCAGUUGUAUGCGGAGAAACAAAUGUGCAUAAAACUGACAAAAUGAAUAUUAAAAAUACCAAAGAUCAAAAGACUUCACAGAAUAUUGUUGCCUCUAAUACAAUCACAAGCUUGAACUCGCAAGAUAGCGGAAUAAAUCUUUUAUUCCAAGAAAGCCAGGAAAAAAUACAAUUAAAUAAAGUUGACGGAAAUUUAGUAAGAAAAGUUAAAAGUACAUGGGCUUGUCCUCCAGUUAAUAUCUGGCAGCCCAGUGUCGAUGCUCUAGACAAAUUUCAAAUGAUUCGUAACGGAGACCGAGUGAUGGUCUGUAUAAGUGGAACUCAUGAUUCCUUGACGUUGUUACAUACAUUAUUGAACUAUCAAAAUGUCGUCUCAAAUAAAGGAAUUAGUUUCUCUGUAGGAGCAGUUUCCGUGAAUCCUGAAUCAAAUGGCUGUGAUCCUUGCAUUUUAAUACCGCACUUAAAAAGCCUAGGGGUACCUUACAUCUUGGAUGACCAUAGUCCUAUUACCGAAGAUAACGGAGCAUCCUCCGAAAAAGAUGAUAACUGUUUCAGUUUUGGUAAUCACGAAUUACGUAGCAGAUUAUAUGCAACUGCAAAGAGUGGCGGUUACAAUGUAUUGGCAAUUGGUCAACACUUGGAUGAUUUAGUUGAAAAUUUGUUAAUAUCCAUUUUUUACAAUGGGAAACUGAGUACUUUAAAAGCACAUUAUAAUAUCAAAAAAUUUGAUUUGAGAAUAAUACGACCAUUGAUAUAUGUACGGGAGAGAAGUUUACGCGACUUUGCAAUUUGCCAAAAUUUCCCUAAGUUGAAGAUGAAGAGUAUUCCGACAAAAUUCGAAAUAUCUGAACAGCGACAGAUGAUAAAGCAAAUGCUGCAACAACAAGAAAGCGUUUUACCAAAAUUAUUUGAUAAUAUAAAAAAUAGUUUCCAUAUGAUUAUGUUAAAAAGUAUGAUCGAUGAGGAAGAAGCAAAUGUAUUAGAUUUUAAUGAUAUAUGA